UCCAGCGGCGCCAUCGCUGUGUCCAUCCUGCUGUGGUCACCCUGCCAGCUGGCCUUCGAGCUCCUGGCUUCCGUCACCCAGCUCUUCAUCAACAUCUUCUUUGUGAAUAUCUACGGCCUGGGCUUGCUGCUUCUCAUUGUUGUUGUCGGCGCCUUUGUCUUCAACCCGGGGCUGCUGUGGACGCUGACAGACUGUGUGCUGGGUUACUUCAACACGCUGCCGUCCUACCACCGCCUGCAGCGGGAUGCCCAGACCUGGCGCAGGUUGGUGGACUGGAGUCUGCAGGUAACCAACUGGAGCCAAGGAGGCGGAAUGAUGAACCGGGAAAGCAACCAGCCAGGGGCAGCUGUGCCUGCCUUCCCCCGCGCUCCCGGCAAAAAAAAAACGUCGCUUGCUUCCCCCCGAGCCCCCGGCAGGCCGAUGCUGGCAAGGGUCAGCCAGCUGCCAGCGGAGCAUGAGGACGAUGAGGAUGCUGAGCAGGUACCACAAGCACGUCCUGCUCUGGGUCGAAGUGUGGGGGGACAGCGUCUCCAGCCACGCUGGGAGGAACCGGGUACCUCGUGGGGGAAAGCUCACAGGAGGCAGCAGCUGAACGCAGGAGCUAGGGAUGCUGAGGGCACUGCAGAUAAUGACCCCUGGAUGCUCCUGAAAGAACAAGAGGAACGCAAGAAAUGCGUCAUCUGCCAAGACCAAACUAAGACAGUCCUGCUUCUGCCCUGCAGGCACCUGUGCCUGUGUCAGGAGUGCACGGAAGUCCUCCUGCAGCAGGCCAUCUACCAGCGCAACUGCCCACUGUGCCGCCAGAUGAUCCUCCAGACGCUCAAUGUGUACUUGUGA